AUGCAUGUGUUCAAAGCUGGAGGCACGUCCUACGGGGCGGCUUUGGCCAAGUAUGCGCGAGCACACAAGAUCCCGUUCUUCACGGACAUGCGGCAGGGCAAGCAGAUGGUUUUGCCCAGCGCCAUUCUGGAAAUGAACAAGAAAGCCAAGCAUUUGGCAGAGGACUGGGCGCCGUCCGGCCGCGGCUUCACCAUCUUCCAUGGGCAUUUGUGCGAUUUGGGCCUUGCGAAGCUCAAUUCGUUGCACGGAGGCGUGCUGGGGCCAUUUCUGCGGGCGCCUCUCUUCGUGGCGGUGUUGCGGGAGCCGUCGGCGCGGUUGGUCUCCGUGUUCCUGCAGCUCACCGCGGGGUUGCGGCACGAGCGGGGGGCCGCUCUGUCCAUGGACCCGAAGACGUUGCAGGGGGGGCGGAUGGACAAGGACCGGCUGGAGGACAUGUUCGCCCAGUUCAUGCGGCAGCAGGAGGUCGCCCAGUGCCGCAUCGUGCCCAACCAGGUGCUAGGUGCUGCCUGGGCGUCGCCCUGUGCUUCGGUGCAUGCCUUGGACUCCGCAAGACUGGCAUCCAUGAGCCAGCUGCUGGAGCGCUCCGUGCUGCCGCUGCUCACCGAGCGGACGCUGGACUCCGCGGCCUUGCUGGACCACUUCCUGGCAGGUCCGCAUGCCCCAUCCGUGCGCCAGUUCAUGCUGCGAAACCCCUUCCGGUGCGGGAAAUAUCAGGAUUGGAGGCAGGGACGGAGGCACGGGGCGCUGGAAGAAUGCCGCGAUGCUGAGGGCUACCAUGUGGACCAAGGGGCUCGGCUUUUGUCCGACGCUAUACGCCAUGUGGUUUCAGAGUACAUGGGUUAUGAGAUGUGGCUCUACAGCAACUGGGUCAAUCAAUUUGGCAUACAUCUUUGCCCUUAA